AUGUUUACUUCGGUUGUUGAGCUAACGGACAUUUUAAGUUUUAUUGGUGACUUUAAGCGACCAUUGAUUGAGGGUACUCAAGUAAUGAAAUGUAACCACAUUGUUGAGUUUGGAUGUGUAGAAAAUAAUAACAAAACAUUAAAAAUCGUUGCUAUGUGUCUUAAAACUAGUGAUCUUAGUGGAAAACCUCAUGAGUUAGAAGUCAUUAAAACUACUAAUAAUGGGAGUGUUCAAUUAUCAGCAAAAUGUUCUUGCAAAGCAGGUAGUGGGAAAUGCAAACACAUAGUUGGCCUGAUGCUCAAACUUCAAAAAACAUCAAUAGAAGAACUUGAUGAGCGAAGUUGUACAGAUCUUCCUCAACAAUGGGGAAAACUCGGUCAAGCCGCUAGAGGGGGAAGUCACCCAGUGGCGGCACCCCGCUCAGAGGAUUUGAAGCAGGAAAUUCGUUCAUACUUUUUACAAAGUUAUUAA